AUGGCACUCGAAGUUCACUUAGUUUCACUCUUUUGCCUCAUUUUCGUUGCAUCAUUGGCUUCUACACCUGUAAGAUCAGAGCAAACACAAGGACCCUACUUUGCUUUCAGUUGGUUCGGCGACAACAACACAUUCCAAGCAGGAGAUGUUGCAACUAUAAAGAUCAAAGUGCUAGGAGAGUUUGACAGGAGUAAAGGAAAUGCUUUUAGUCCUAAAAUAACAGUGAAUGGCAAGAUGGGGAAUUCUUGUUUUGUGUCUGGAGUUUUACUUGAUUUUUCAGGAGAAGAUACGGAUGCUUGGAGAAUUCUUUUCACUCCAAUACGGGUUGGAGUUUUUAAUGUUUUUAUUGAAGAUGGCCCUUUUCAUGUCUUUGAUUCUUCUCUCCAUUUUGAAGUUAAAGCAGGGAAAAUAUAUGCAUCUGCCUGCAUUGCGUCAUGGAGGGAUCUCGAAAAUGAGUUUGAAGCUGGGGCUAAAGCUACAGUUUUGAUUGUUCCUAGAGAUGCAUUUGGGAAUAAUGUUACUUCAACGGGACAAGAACUACGUCCUUUUAAUUUUACUGUAUCUGGACUUUACGAAAACGGUAGCAUUGCCAAUGUGCCAGACAUCACUCACAUAGGCUGGAAUGAAUUUGGUCAGAUCAUUCUCGAGUUUAUUGCUACAAAAUCUGGAAAUUUAUUGUUGCAUGUGGAAGGAGGAAAUCAGACCUUGAAUGGCUGUCCGCUUCUGUAUAAGGUGAAUCCAGGACCUGUCGAUGUUUCCACUUGUGAGGCCACUUGGAAGUUUGAAACAAAUGCAUGGCAAAUAUUCUCCAAGAUGGAAACUUGUAUACACCAGAAAGAUAAAUAUGGGAACCCUGUUCUAGGAUUCUAUGAAUUCGACACCAAUGUUGUUGAAGAGGAGAUGAAUCUGUCUAUACCUCUUGCAGAUAUGAGCUUCACCAAGGUGAUGCCAGGAAUUCAGUUAUGUUCCUUCAGUCUGCUGGAACCAGGAAACUUCUUGCUCACUAUAUCAGAUACAAAACAUAAUAGAAGCAUCUCCAACAUGCCAUUUUCUUUUAAUGUGUUCAUAGGUUAUGCUGAUGGAUCAUCCAGCAUAAUCAAUGGAUCUGGUUUAAAUGAUUCCACUGCUGGUGAAAUUGCACAAUUUUCAAUUUAUUUGAAUGACAUUUUUCAAUAUCCAUCUUUUGUCGGAGUAGAAAGCAUUCGAGUGCAGAUAAUAAGGGAAACUGAUUCCUAUUCAGUAAAGCCAAGCAUCAAUCCAAUUGUUAAUGGAAAUGUAUCUACUCCAAGAGUGGGCAAUAGUUCUAUCCGUCAAGCAGAAAUUGCUCUGGCACCGUCUGAAAUUGCUCCCGUAUCCUCAGUUGAUCUAGGAAAAAUUUCUACAGGAAACUCAAAAGUUCUGGCCAGUGCUUUUAAUGUGAUUUACACUCCUGAAAAGAGUGGAAUCUAUGAAAUUUAUGUGUUUUGUGGAAAUGUUUUGCUGAAUGGUGGCCAUUCAUUCAGAAAGGAAGUGAGAGCAGGUGAGGUUAAUGUAUCACUCUCGAAAAUUCAGAAAUUUUCUUCGAGGGCGCCAAAGAUGAUUGAAAAUGAAAUGGCAGUGCAACUGGUGGAUUCAUUUUUUAAUCCUGUCCUAUCCCAGCAGUCAAGACUGACACUAGAGAUAGCUUCAGUUAACAAGUCUGGUUUUUCAAGUGGAAUGUUUGUGGAUAACGAUAAUGGUACAUACUGCAUUCGAUAUGUGGUUAAGGAUGUUGGAACUUAUGAGAUGUGUGUUUCUUUUGAUGGCAAACGUUUGUCACCCUGCCCCUUCGGAGUCAACGUGUAUGGUGUUGAAUACUUUCCCAAGGCCAACGACGAUAACAUUUCGGUUUGGGAGGAUGAGUCUAUUGCUUUCGAUGUCUUGGCGAAUGACUACUUUGCCGGCAACAAUGCAAGUAUUGUUGAAUUAUCGAAACCAGAUCGUGGUUCGCUUUUACAGAAUGGACAUCUCUUUAGAUACACUCCUUAUAAAGAUUAUUACGGGAAUGACUCUUUUACAUACACACUAUCUGAUGUAAAUGGAAACCUUGCUACUGCUUCCGUAAUCAUUUCUGUUCUCAACAUCCCACCUCAGUUCAUUUCCUUUCCAAUCCAAUUGCAAGCAACUGAAGAUGUGAUAGGUCCCAGAUAUGGUGGUUUCUCUGCGAUUGUGAUAAAAUACUCGGAUCCAACAGAGAAAAUCUGUGUCACUCUCAGCGCUCGAUCUGGGACUGUGUUCUUGUCUCCUGUGCUGAUGCAGUUUUGGCAGCCCAUUUGGGGUGAAUUUUCUGCAAAGAAAGGGGAUGAUGCAGCUAAAGAUUUAAUCUUAGAAGGUGGUGUAGAAGCAAUCAAUCUAGCUCUUCAAUCGAUUCAGUAUCUUGGAAGUGAGAAUUUCUACGGGGAUGAUGUUAUUCAUGUUUCUGCCACCAACAAGAAUGGAAAGAAUGACCUGGAUGUUCCAGUUUCUGUUGAGCCUGUCAAUGAUCCUCCGGUUAUUAAAAUCCCUAAAUUUAUCACACUGAAGAGUAAAGAGGACGAGUCACUGAUAUUUGACAAAGCGAUAGACAAGUUUGAGUUCUCUGUUGGAGAUCCAGACCUUCUUCGAUACCCUGGCAAUGAGUCUGGAUUUAUAGUCACAUUUUCAGUGGAAGUAGACAAGGGAUUCUUGGUAACCAGUCUAGCAGCUGAGCUUCUUAAGACAACUGAACUUAAGGUGAUGAGUAGUUAUCAGUGGCAACCAAUACAGACAUAUGUUUCUAUCUCAAGACAUUUUAUGGUCAAAGCUAAUGGAGUCAGAUUCCGGGGGCCGCUUAAUGAAUGCAACAGUGUCAUGCAAAAACUGUCCUAUGAUGGUAGAGAAAGUGAUGCCAUUUUAACAGUGAAAUUAAAUGAUAUGGGACAUUAUGGGUGUUCUUCAGACUGCGCCGACAAGAUUGCAGUGCCUUUAUUUGCUGAGGCUACUGUACAACUUAUCCGAAGAAGGUCAAUGAGUUCAUUGUUAGCUCACACACUUGGAUCAGCUAUCUUAGUUGAGUUUCUUAUGGUGUUUUCUCUAGGAGGGAUUCUUCUGUUCUUUACAUGCAAAUGCGCAAUGCAUCUUGCUAAUGAAAGAAGAAGAAUUAAUGUCAAGAAUUCUCAGCUAUCUAGUGUGCAGAAUUCCCAGAAAAAAAGUCAGAAUGUAGAUUUUUCGGAGGAUACGACAAACUUCACAUGCUGUUGUUCAAGCCCCUUCUUGCUUAGUGGCCAAACUUCCAACUUUCGACAACGCUCCAAUCGACAGUUAGGAGGCGAAGAAACUGGCAAGAACAUAAGUAGCCCUCCUGGAUCUUCUAGCAGUCAUCAUCUACAGACUCCACCUGGUCUUACCCCACUUGUUAUUGAGAAGGAGGAUCUAAAGGAAACCUUUUGAUCAGUUCUAUGAAAUUAAACCAAGUAAAUGGGGACGAGACAUUGUACUAUUGCAGCACUUAAGAAGCACAUUAUAUGGUUUUCGACAGUUAGUGACAAGAAAAGCAGCAUAAAAAACAAGUUGAACAGUCUAUAAAAAGCCUGAUGUGCCUUGGUAGCUUGCUUGGUGGCAUAAAUUGCACCAACUUGGGAUGAUUUUUUGAGGCCUAUCUAGUCCUGUGGCUUAAGCAAGGGACUGUUCCUUCUAUUACAUGAA